AUGGCGAUCCUUAACUUAGGCCGGCUGCUACCACUGACGCUUCUCGUCACGGCUUCGGCGAGCUCGACGAACGAGUAUUACGCGCGCUGGGACCACCUAGACACCAGGCCUCUACCUCAGUGGUAUGACCAGGCCAAGGUGGGUGUGCUCCUCUACUGGGGCGUGUUCUCAGUACCAAGCUUCGGGUCCGAGUGGCUCUGGUACCACUGGAAGGGCCGUCAGAACAGCCUGUUCUCGGACUUCAUGCGCGCUAACUACAGGCCCAAUGUCACCUAUCAAGAGUUUGCCACCGCCUUCACCUGCGAGCUCUACAACGCCGAACGAUGGGUAGAUCUGCUGGUCAAGUCGGGAGUGAGGUACGCUGUAUUCACGGCGAAGCACUUCGAGGGCUACACACUAUGGCCUUCAAAGCGUUCGUGGAACUGGAACUCGGUUGACGUCGGACCGAAGCGGGAUCUCUUAGGUGAGUUCGCGAAGGCGUUGAAGACGAGCACUAACAUUCGGCUGGGCGUCUACUACUCCCUCUACGAGUGGUUCAAUCCACUCUUUAUGGACGACAGGGAGAACAACUUCAAGACAAACGAGUUCAUUCACUUCAAGAUAUUGCCUGAACUACACGACCUGGUGUUCAAGUACGAGCCGGAAGUGAUUUGGGCAGACGGUGAUUGGGAAGCGCCAGACGCGUACUGGGAGAGCCCCAAGUUUCUGGCUUGGCUCUAUACAAACAGCACUGUUCGAGACACAGUGGUCGCGAAUGACCGUUGGGGCAAAGGACUUUGGUGCAAACAUGGCGACUUCAGGAACUGCAAAGACGGUCACAAUCCUAAGACUCUACAGAAGUACAAGUUCGAGAACGUGAUGACCCUGGAUAAACCGUCGUGGGGCUACAGACGCAACGCUCAGCUCAAGGACUACGUCACGGACCACGAGCUGGUAGCCACUCUCGUGGAGACCAUCAGCUGCGGUGGCAACCUUCUCAUCACGCUGGGCCCCACACACGACGGCCGCAUCCCUAUGGUGUUCGAGGAACGGCUCACCAGCCUGGGCGCCUGGCUAGCACUGCACGGCGAGGCGGUCUACGCCAGCAAGCCGUGGGCAGCACAGAACGAUUCGGUCUCUGCUGACGUGUGGUACGCCGACAAGGGUCCCGUGGUCUACGCCUUCCUGCUCCAGUGGCCCGCCAGCGGGUUUCUGCGGCUCGGCUCAAUGUACUUCAACGCGAAAACGCACGUGCAACUCAUUGGUCAUGCCCCACGACUCACGUGGAAACCAGUGGGUCAGCUGGUGCUGAUAGACUUGCCGCCGCCCCCGGUUAACAUCGCGACGCGCGUCGGAGUCUGGGUGCUCAGAAUAACAAAUGUGGAACCCACACCGCCUCCGGGAGCUUUCUGA